GUCUGUGUACAUAUCCCUGUCUGUCCCAGUGUUCUUGUUGGAUCGUCAUCGAUGUUACCUGGUGUUCUCCUGUGUGUCGCCCUCAUGUCUCCCCUCUGACUUGUAUCACUGCAGCCAGGCUAGGGGCACUCUGGUCGGUGCCACCCUCCAAGCCAGACAGACGGCAGGACGGGCUGACAGCUGCCUCUCAGACCACCGCACAUUAUGGAGGCUCUGCACAUCCAACCCUUGGAAAAGAAUGGGGCAGUUAAGGAGGAGGACAGUAAAAGAAAUGGGGAGCAGAAAGAGGCCUCAGACGAGCAAACGGAUGAGGACUCUGAACCGGAGUCCCCACAGGUCAUUCUGAGGAAGGUGUCGUUUGCCGAUGCAUUUGGUUUCAACCUGGUGUCAGUAAAGGAGUUUGACAUUGCUGAAGUAGCAGAGUCAAAAGUCAGCCAGCCCCCUGAGAAUGAGGCAAUGCAUCCCUCGGAGGAGUUCUACAUGUCCUGCCUGUUUACAGUCCCCUCAUCCCCAGAGGCGCUGGAACAGAGACUGCGAGUACAGAUGGUUGAGCUCGAAAGCAUUGAGCUCCUCCCGGGAACCACCACACUCCGUGGCAACGUCAGGGUGGUCAACCUCUGCUACAGUAAGUCCGUUUAUGCCCGGAUGACCCUGGAUCGCUGGACAAGCUACUUUGACCUGUUGGCGGAGUAUGUGCCUGGAUCCAGUGAUAGGAAGACAGACAGGUUUACCUUUAUGUAUACCUUGGUACCUCCCUUUGAGAGAGAGGGGACCAGAGUGGAGAUCUGUCUGCGUUACGACACGUCCGUGGGCACCUUUUGGGCUAAUAACACGGAAAUGAACUAUGUGCUGUUCUGCCACCAGAAGGGACGUGUGAAGGAGCACGGGCCUCAGGUGCAAGAGGAGAGUAUCGGCUACAAGAGGAGCUGUCUCAAAGCUAACACGCGGGGAAGUGCAGAGGAAAAGAUCAACACACCAGCAGCUGCAGAGGCCACACAUAAAGCAGAGGAGGCUAACCGAAAGCACAGCACAGAUAUACAAUCCUUACUUUCCCAUGAAGGACACAAACCUUUGGUGAAUAGCAUAAACAGCCGACACAGAGCAGCACAUUUGGCGCGUGUGCAGGACUACUUCUCCCGAAGGAGGCAGCAAGUACCAAAGGCUUAUUCACAUGACUCAGCCAAUAGGCAGAAGGUUUCUGUGCUGACUCCGUGGGGUGAGUCUGCCAGCUUUCUCCACAAACGCCAUAAGAAGCAAUCCAACGAGAUGCCACAGGUGCUCACCUACCACCAGAUUCCUUUGCUUACACUGGACUGGAACACUGACAAAGCCCAUCAGUGGGGGGCUGCUGACAUGGACGACAUCUGUACCGGAAAAGCUAAAAUGACCUUGUCAAAAGCGUCAGAGGAAAAUCUAGAAAAUAAACCGACUGUCAAUGACAUGUGGGAGACCUUUCCUAACGGUACAGAUGAUACCCCUGAUAAAGAAACUUCGGUGUGCAAUGUAUGGCAGGCAUUUCUUAAUGGGCCGAGCUGUACAGACCAUUCUGCUGUUCCAGAGUCAGAAUGGCUGCAGACGGCAGCGUCAGUGUCUCCCUCAAAUGAUAAAGAGCACAAUGCCCAAACUGCAGCAAGCAGUCAAGAGCAUGAAUUUGAGGUGGGCGCGGAUACACCCACCACCUUACAUACGCACUCCUCAGCUGUAUGUCAGCUGCUGUCAGACACUUGUCAAAAAUCCUUAUAUCAUCAAGCUAAUGCUGCCUUGAACACUGAAGACCACCAGCCAGCGGAGGCAUGUGUCUGCAGCCUAAGAGACGACAACACAGAGACACAAGAUGCAUCCCAAAGGUCACAGACAAACGCCGUAACAGACACUCCACAGGAAUUUUGCCUCAAGGGGGCAACGCAGGUGUCCGAGGGCUCUGUCGACAGUUCAACAGAGUGUCAGGAGCAUGCGAUGUGGAAGCGAGGAAGACAAGGAAAAUUAGGAAGAGCAGAAGGAAUAGGACAAGAUGAGCCCUUCACGCCAUACAAAGCUGACUUAAUAACAAGCUCAGGGGAGUCUGACACAACAGACAUGACAGCGAUGCCAGAGUCUCAGAAUGCCACUGCCGUUGAUAGGAUCUCACAGGGAGCAAGAGUGGAUGAGGGUCUUUCUUCCGGCAGGGAAGGCGAGGUUACAGGUACCUCACACAGUGUGAUGGAUGACACGCUGGCAUUUAGGGGGACAAUCGGAGAGGUGACAAAGGAUGGGGAGUGGUUUGUCUUCUCCACAUCCAGACAAGGAGUGGAGGAAGGGAUUGUGAAUAACUGUACGGAAAAUAAAGUAUCUACAGAUGAGGAGCGAUUUAGGCCACGGAAAACCGCAGAGUGUGAAAUCUCCCCGUGGUGUGCAGAUGAAAAGCAACAUGAGGAAUUCAGGCAGGAACAAAACAGUGAAAAUCUAUUACAGGAGAAUGAAAAUGAAAUAACACUCGAACAGAGAAAUGCAGAUGAAUCCAAUCCGAGCCAAACGUCUGAGCAAAGUUUUAAGCGAAGCCAAAUAAUGGCAAGUGAAUUCAAAUUGGAUGAAGCAGAAAGCGAAGAUGUUGCAUCAAAUAGCAACGACUUGGAAGUAUUCAAAAAGGCAGAGAUGGAACCUUCCUAUUGUACAACAAGAGAUGAAACAAAGAGACUAAUUGGUGCGGAAGUGGGAAUUGUUCAGGUAUUAAAUGAGGAAAUUAAUGACGAAGCUUUCCAAUUUAACUCAUCAUGGCGGAGGGGAAACACAUCAAUAAUUCCAGAAAUGUAUGAACAGUCAAAGCCAAUCAAAGCAGGGGAAGAGGUGUGCAUUCAGAAAGAGGAGGAGGACUCAACACUGACACAAAUAAAGGAAAAUGUACUGAAUUCAGGAACAGGUGAAUAUGUAUUAGUCUCAUAUCAGGGAGAGGAAGGAAAAAGCUUGAGUUGUGAUGGGAUAAUUGAGGAGCAACAGGAAAUAACAAGACACACAGUGGAAUCAAGGGAAAUGAAAAAGGUCUUCCAAGGUGUCCAUGAUGCAUUCAGACCUUUUCCAACAGAUGCAUGCAACUCAAACCCUGUAGAAGAGGUAGAAAUGAGAUGGAGCCAUUCCCAGGACGAUAUGAAGGGUCAGAAAGAGGAUGUAGGCCCAGAAGAAGUUGCAAAGGAAGACACUUUAACCGAACUUCAACAACAACCUGAGACAUUAGAAAGAAGAGAGGAAGAUAUGAGUCAGAGAGACAAAGAUGAGAGCAUGAGUGUUGGAAAGCUGGAAAUAGAAGUGCUGGGGGAGUUGAUGGGUAAUGGGGAGAACCCUCAGGGGGAGAGGAAGAACGCACCAGCUGAAUUGAAAGAACAAGAGUUGUCAGCAGAAGUUGAGUGCUCUUCACAUGUUGAAUGUAAAAAAUUGUCAGAGGGAACAAAAGACCCUAUUACAGCACAUAAUACUGUAGCACUUGAAGUGAUAGGGUCGGGAUUGGAGAUGUUCAUUGAAAGAUUUGGAGAAGAUUUGAUCAGUGGGAUAUGGGAAGAGGUGUUCGGUCGGAAAGAACGGGCGUCUAAUAAAGACGCCGAUAUUGUUGAUGGGAUGGGGGGCAAGCUGGUUGUUAUACCUGAUAUUACACAAGAUCGUCUUUUUGAGACGGACUUCAGUGACGCUUUCGAUUCAGGCGUAUUUUCCUUGACAGAAUUACCAACAGAUACAAAUUCAAGUCUCUGUCAAGGCCUAGAACAAACCUUAGAGAGAAAGGAAUACGCCCCAGAAGAGAGUCGGUCACACAGCAAAACUCACUCUCUCUCAGAAUCACAGAUGGAUUCAAACUCAAGCGCUCAUCUCAGUCAAGAUCUCACUCCAAUUUUAACUUCUCAGAGUAGGCAGUCAUGGCCUGAAUCAGCCCAACGCGCUCCACAGGAUCAGGAGAACUACACUCAAAUAAAAGAAAGAUCAGUCACCCGCCAGGAAACAGGUAGACAGAUAGAAGACUGUGUAGUCGCCCGCAGGGAGAGUUUUAAUCUAGCAGCCCACCCAUCUCGCAAACAUCAGAGUUCCUCCUGUGAGAAAUUAAAAGAGUCCGAUGGCGUUGUAAUGUGGAGUGUGUCAUACAUCCUCCGCCACAUCACCAGACUUCUAAUCGGUGCCCUCUUAGUGUCUGGGCUCUUCUUCAUCGUUUUCCUGUGUGAUUUCCCAGCAUUCUUUGCGCUCUACACAUUUUCAUUGGUUGGUGGUUUUAUAAGUGGAAAAGACUCAGAGUGAUGACAAACAAGGGAAGAGCGGUUGUUACAAACGGCUGUGUAGCAUUUUUAAACAUCAGUACAUUACACUAAUUGUAAUGCCGUAAAUAUCUUGACAAUUGUGAAGAAGAUUCGCAACGGGUGCAAUAAAACAAAAUGCUACACACAGCACUCAUAAUGUGUGUGUGUGUGUGUGUGUUUUUAUAUUUGGUUGUUUCUAACUCUAAGUGAGUUUAUUGCAGUGGUUCCCAACGUUUUCUGGCUUGUGACCCCUUAAAACAAAGCAAUGCCUCUUUGUGACCCCUUGUCACUCGCUGCAAGUCCACCAGUUAUAAGCAGUUUCAGGAACACGGACCACGCCAUUUGUACCUUACAAAGUUGUUUCAUUUGGACUGGCCAGAAGAUUUGGGAUUUUGUGCGCGGGAUGAUAGGGUUAGGUUUGUGUUCGGUGCGAUGAAAAGGGGUAAAUCUGAGAGGGUUGAAGAAGGAAGAACAGGGUCGUGGUGUGGCUGGAGCGUACAAGUACAACUCCAGGACUUUGUUGUCGUGUGGUAAUGGUGCCGCCGUGCUGAGAGAGAAGAAGAAGAAUGGGUGUUUUUGGCUGGAUGGUUGUGAGAACUGAGACAAAUGGGAGAGAAAAGGGUUGGACACACCUACACAAGUGCACAGGUGAUCUAACUAAUGUAGAAGAGAAGCGUGAUCUUGUUCCUGAACUUUAGUUACUACAAUAACUCCAUUUAACCAGAGUGAUUUUUGGUUUUUGGUUUUUGGUUUAAAUGUUUUAUUUAAAUCAUUAGAGGGAAGUAGGAAAAAAAUAAACUUUGAUGCAGUAGAAAUGUGUUUUCUUCACUUUAUUCCUCUCCCGUUAUGUCUCUUUAUUGCAACCCCUUGUGGUGGUUCCCAAACCCCAGAUUGGGAACCACUGAAUUAGUCAAUCAGGUCUGUUUUAAAAAAUAAAUAAAGCAUAUAUAUUUUCAGAUAAUCUUGGAUUUAAUUUGAGCAACAUUGAAAUUUAAAUAAAAGUACUAGAUUAGUUUUUGUCUUUGAAAUAUAUAUGAAAAUCCACCUGUGUAUUGUAAUUAUGUGUAUAUUUGCAGUGUUUAUGGGCCCAAUAUCACUUUACAAUGGAUCAAAGUGAAAAUUGAUUAGUGGGGCAUUGGAGUUUUGAAACAUUUCUCUUUCCUUGCUUUUUUUCAAUAAAAUAAAUGCAUAUGACUAAGAAAAACA